AAACCAUAUCAAAUUGGGUCAAGAGUUCCCAAAGUAAUGAUUCAUAAUUUUGGUGUCAUUAAUCCCCUGUUUGAAAUAGACUAGUCCUCGUGGUAUAUAAAUGUCUGCAUCUCCACAAAGACUGCCUCUGAAGCUGAAGCUUCAAGCGCAAUCUUUUCUGGAGAAUUCAAGGCUACUUCAACCGAUCGCUGGCCCUUCUGCAACGUCUAGGAGACCUCCACUUUUCACCGUUCCAUCUUCUGCAUCGAUUCGUUCACUCCGAAGCUUGAAUGAUCCUGGAAUUGAUAGAUUUACUGACGAAUUAGAAAUCAUCUCACUGGAUAAUAAUCAACAAUUUGAUAGAUAUUCAUAUAUUGCAUAUUAUGUACCAAUUCUUCGCUGGCUACCCAAUUAUUCGUUUUCCGAAUCUUUUAUUGGCGACUUUCUUGCCGGUGUUUCUAUUGCUAGCUUUCAAAUUCCCUUGGUGAUGUCCUUCGUGACAUCUCUUGCGCAUCUACCACCAGUAACUGGGCUCUGCAGUGUUAUAAUUGGAUCAUUGAUCUACGCAGUAUUGGGAAGCGUUCCCGUAUUGAUUGUGGGUCCUGCUCCGUCUCUGGCGUUAUUAUAUGGACAACUCAUCGAUAGUUUAGAUACUGGUGCCAAUGGUUGGUCAUCACAUGAUAUUGCAUGCACAGUUUCUGCUUCAGUUGCUGCAAUUCUCCUAUCUGCUGGUAUUUUCCGGUUGGGGUUUUUGGAGAGUGUGCUAUCAAGAGCAUUGCUCAAGGGAUUUUUAGGUGCUAUGGGUAUUAUCAUGAUUAUUAGCGAAUUACCCGUGGAAAUGGGGGUACAGCCAGGUGGUAAGAGUCCAUUAGAAAAAAUAUCGCAUAUUCUUAAUGUUUAUAGGGAGACCAAUACUCCAACAUUGAUGAUUUCUGUGAUAACUUUAACGCUUGUAUUGAUUAUAAGGUCUUUAAAACGGAAAUGGGUGGUAAAGAACCGCAACGCGGUGUACAUUCCGGAGCUAUUAAUGAUGGUUGUUUUUGCUACAUUGUUAAGUUGGUGGUUCGAUUGGGAAAGUUUGGGGGUGGAGAUUGUAGGACUGAAUUCGUCAAGUGGUGCAUCAAUAAAUUCACAAUGGAUUUGGGAAAAGGUAAAGCUUAGUUCAAAAAACGUUGGAUAUACUAAACUGAGACUGGAUUUGUUUAAGUCAACAUUUUCCACUGCUUUCCUUUGUACAACACUUGGAUAUUUUGAUUCAGUCAUUGCUACUAAGAAUUUGGGGGCAAGAUUCAACUAUAAUGUUUCAUCUAAUCGUGAACUUAUUGCACUUGGAGUCACAAAUGUUGUAGUAAGUAUAUUUGGAGGUAUACCUGCGUUUGGUGCGUUGGGAAGAUCUAAAAUUAACGUUUUAGCUGGUGCAACUACCCCAAUGUCUGGGAUAGUGAUGGCAAUUGUUACUAUAUUUGCCAUUGUUUAUCUUCUUUCAUAUCUCUAUUAUUUACCGGAAUGUGUACUUGCACUUAGUACAACUAUCAUUGGAAUAACCGUGUUAGAAGAAGUCCCAUCUGAUCUUUUAUUCUUUUGGAAUGUUCGUGGUUAUGAUGAAAUUAUAACAUUUAUUAUUAUUUUUGCAGCCACUCUUUUUUGGAGUGCUCAAUCUGGGGUGACUCUUGGAGUUGGUAUAGCAAUUGUUCGAAUUAUUAAAGAGAGUAGUAAAUCACGUAUACAAAUUUUGGGCCGUAUCCCGAACUCAUCGGUAUUUAGAAAUGCCGACGAGCUUAUUGAAGAGAGUUUUUCUCAUUUUAAACCUUCUUCAGAUAAAUUAUCUGAUUUGGUUUCUGAAAUUGAAGACAUUGAAGGCGUAUUAAUAAUUAAGAUCCCAGAACCACUUAAUUUUGCCAAUGUUGGAGACCUUCAAAAUAGAUUGGCUAGGAUAGAGAAAUAUGGAUCAGUAUUAGUUCAUCCACUGCAACCACAAACUCGUGAUUUCCAAUCUACCCAAUUUUUAAUUGUUGAUUGCAAAGGAAUGAUUAGAAUAGAUUCUGCAGCAAUUCAAAUUUUGUGCGAAAUUGUAAAGAAGUACAUUGAAACAGGUAUUGUUGUUUGCUUUCUGAGAGUACCAAUUGAUGUUAGAAGUCAAUUUUCCAGACUGGGACUUACUGAAAUGGUAAAUGAAAGUUUUUCAGUAUCUAAUAUAAAUGAACAUACUGGUUUACAAGGAUCAGCAGCUGGAUUAGGCGCAGGAUUUUUCAAAAGUAUCGAUGAAGCAUUAAAAGUUACUACUGUUCAAGUAUAGACUAAUAUAGAC